CUUCCUUCUGCAGUUGAGUCGUCGCUGCUAGAGUCGUAGACUAGGCUAGUAAUAGAACUGAGAGGUGAGCAGAGAGUAUCUGAGGCAUCCCCAAUAGGAAGCCACCGUUUGACGCCGGGGUUGAACAUGGCAGGAACUUUUGGCCUAAAACAGCCCCCACUUUAUGUGUCAAUCCAGAAGAUUCUAAAUAAGUACCCUGACGGACAAAUAUUCAAGGAGAUAAUCCAGAAUGCUGAUGAUGCAGGCGCCACUGCCGUCCAUUUCUAUCUGGACAGCAGGAAGCAUGGAACUGACUAUCUGGUUGAACCUAAACUAGCCACGUUCCAAGGCCCAGCUCUAUUGGCCUAUAAUGAUGCAGUGUUCACUGAUGAUGACUGGCAGAGCAUCCAGCGCAUGCAGCAGAGUUCCAAAGUCAAAGACCCAUUUAAAGUGGGAAAAUUCGGCAUCGGAUUCAACUCUGUCUACCACAUUACAGAUCUGCCAACAAUAAUGAGUGGGAGUAAGUUGGCCUACUUGGAGCCACAUGAAGAGAUUUGGAAGAAGGAGACAGUGUCAGUCCGGGAGAAGCGCGUGUCAUCUCAAGUCUACACUAUUGACAAACUGCGAGAAAUACUAACAGCUCUGCGUGAGGAGGCAAGAGAUAUAUUGCUCUUCCUGCGCUCAGUCACGGUUGUCGAAGUACAUGAGAUAUCAGACGGAGGAGACUGUACUGAGCUACUUAGAGUCAGUAGUGUUUUUGAAGGCAGCCAACUUCAGUUAAGGUCAGAAUUCCACCAACAGCUUAGAGCAGCUUUUGAAAGGUUUUCAUACGAUAUUGUUCACCCGAUUGAGCGCACUGUCCAAUUCAAAGUGAAUGUUGAGGAUUUCAUUGACCCAGUAAACAGCUCAGAGAGUGAGUGGCUGGUGGCCUCUAGAGUUGGGUCACCUAGCAGUGAGGUUCAUCGUAUAGCCAAAGCUCUAAUGGCCCUUCCCUGGGUAGGAGUAGCACUCGAGAGUACAGAGAGCACCGCCAUUGGUGGCAGGGUGUUCUGUGUUCUCCCCAUGCCUAGUGAGGUUUCUUGCCACCUCCCAGUACAUGUAAAUGCCACGUUCAGUCUUAAUGAUGAACGUAGGGAGCUAAAAUGGGCAGGUGUUGAGAGGAAAAAUGACCCAUCCGCAGAUUGGAAUGGUCUGAUUAUAGAGCACCUUCUACCCCCAUGUUAUGCUGGAUUGCUACUGGGUCACGUAAAAGAGCUUUUCACAGUAGAGGACGAUAGCUCAGACUGGCCUAUACUAGUGGAGAGUGAGGGAGUAGUAUACACUGACAAUGACUUUCUUAGGCGGUAUAUUGGAGUCCCUGAAGCAGAGUCCUACAAGUUGGUUAACAAGAGAAUUCCACCGCAAAUGGCUCGACUUCUACGCCUAAAGCCUCUCAGUGAGUUUCUGGACAUUGCUGAGGACGCCUUUGAGGAUAUUGGACAACAUGAGCCACUUACAGUGAGGCUGAAGAACAUUCUCAAAGACUAUAAGGAUGGUCUCACUAUUAUCAAAGAGUUACUCCAGAAUGCCGAUGAUGCAGGUGCCACUGAAGUGAACAUAUGCUACGAUGCCAGGAAUCACAGAGUAAAUCCAGGGAGCUUGCUCUUUCCAGGUAUGGCCAGUUGCCAUGGUCCAGCUCUUGUUGUCCACAACAAUGCAAUGUUUACACAGGAAGACUUCAAGAACAUUACUAAGCUAGCUGGGGCUACUAAGGAAGGCAAAGCCCUGAAAAUUGGGAAGUUUGGAGUUGGCUUUUGUUCUGUUUAUCACAUGACUGAUGUUCCGUCAUUUAUCAGUAAUAAUUUCCUGUACAUCUUUGAUCCCACUCUUGCUUGCCUCAAGGAUGACAUUAAAAACCCAGCCCAACCAGGAAAGAAAGUCACUCAUAGCACUAGCAUCGUCAUCAACUCCCAGCAGCUAGCCCCCUAUCAGGGUCUGUUUGGUUUCCAAAAAGGCUGCCAGUAUGAAGGAACUAUGUUUCGUUUUCCAUUCCGCACCACUCCCAGUGACUUGAGCAGCAACAUGUACAACUCACACACAGUGAAGCAAAUAUUUGAAGGUAUCCAGAAUAAGAGCUCAGAGCUACUUUUAUUCUUACAGUCAGUCAAGUGUAUCAAAGUACAUGAGAUCAAUGACGUGAAGACAGGUCUCCCUGUUCACAUCAGCAGCAACUUUGCAGUCACUAACAACAGAACUGGACUGUGGACAUCAGACGAUCGCUCUACAAAUAUUAUUCGAGAAGUGCAGUGGAAUGAAUCACUGAUGAAAACAGUCAUUCCAAAGGCUUAUUUCGGAAUGCUAGCAAGUCUGAAGCAAAUGAGCCUCUCUUCACAGGUAAAAGAGUACUUGUUCUACAAACUAUGGCCACUGGGGGAAAACCUCACUAUUCACAAUCCUUGGAAGCUCAUGAUUGAUGCUCUCUACCAAAAUAUACAGCAGAGUGAUUUGUUUUUCUCAACUUGUGCUAAUGAAUGGUUGGCCCUGUCCAAAGGUCGAUUCCUCUCCCCUGAUGGUAAUAGGCUGAGAAAAUGUUGUGAGGUUGUCAAUCCCAAGGCACAGUUUGCUGGUCUGUUUGAUGAAGAGGAAGGACUCUUUCCAAUCAAAGAGUUCCAUGAAAAACCACUGGUAUCUAAAGCCAUGGAAAUUCUUGGUAUUGUGUCUUCCCACAUCUCCAUGGAACUGCUGAAAGAAAGAGCACGAACCGUAGCAUUCACAAAUGAAUGUGAGCCAAAGGAUGGUGGAUGUGGUAGAGUGAGCUAUGCUGCUAGGAAUAUCCUAAGAAUCCGUGACAUGCCAACUCCAAGAGAAGUAGUUGAACAUUUUGUGAAUGUAAUCAGUGUUUACUCCUCGCAAUCAACUCACAAUGAGAGCAUGGUAAAAGUAAUGGACAACACAGUGAGACUCAUAUACAGUUUUCUUGAGAAUGCAUUGUCACAACAGAAGUCGACAGAGAUGAAGAAGAAAGGUAAAGAUCACAGCUGCAAAGUUGAUAUUUCACAACUUCUUACACUCCCGUGUAUCUGGACUGGCAGACGGUUUGUUAGAUGUGAACGAGUAGCUAUGGAAUGGAAGUCUGACACUGGACCCUGUCUGUACAAAGUUCCAGAUAGGCACAAUGUUCAGUUGUGGAAAGAACUUCAAAUUAAGCCCAAAUUUUCUAUUAUUGAUUUCAUCCGGGCCCUGCAAGAAAUAAGUGAAGAGCAUUGCUCUGAAAUGGUAUCUGACGCCCAUAAAAAGGUGUUACUUGAUAUCGUUUCUGAAUUAGUUGAUUUAGACAUUCCAAAGGAGCAUCCAAUAAUCAUGUUACCUGACAAAAAUUUCGUCAUGCAUGAUGCUUCCUCGCUUGCUUUCAACGAUGCACAGUGGCUUCCACCAGACAAGGAAAUUGAUUAUGUCAACCACAAACUAGUGACUCGUGACCUAGCUCAGAAACUAGGUGUGAGAAUGGUACGUAGUAAAGUAGUUGACACACACAGAAGCAGUAAACCUUUUGAAAGUCAAAAGUUUGGCCAGCGUGAGAAACUGACAACUAGAAUCCAAGGCAUACUAAAGGAUUACCCAUUUGAUGUGACCAUACUCAAGGAGCUGCUUCAGAAUGCAGAUGAUGCCAAGGCAUCAAAGAUGAUUUACAGGGUCCCUGCCCUGUUGGUGUGGAAUGAUAGUGUAUUCUCUGAAACAGAUAUUGAAGGCAUUCAAAAGCUGGGCAUAGGAACCAAACCAUCAGACGCCGACACAAUUGGUCAGUAUGGAAUAGGUUUCAACUCUGUCUAUCACCUCACAGACUGCCCCAGUUUUAUAAGUGCAGGUAAUCUGUGCGUAUUUGACCCACACUGCAAAUUUUCACCAGGCUCCUCAAUAAAGCAUCCUGGAGGUAGAUUCAAAGUCUCAAAAGGCUUUUGGUCAGACUUUCCAGACAUGAUACCAGCAUACCUGCAGUGUAAUGUGGAGGGUGGCUCUGAGUGCAGAGAGAUUCUUGGUGGCUCCCUCUUUCGAUUCCCACUUCGGCACACUCGAGAGCUAGUUGAUGCCUCUGAAAUAGUGUGUGAAAAUGAGGAAUCAAAGAAGGUGUUCGAAGGUGUUUUAACUGCCAGCAGAAUGCAGGAGUAUCUGCAUAAGUGGGCUCCCCAGAUGAAGCAAUCCAUGUACUUUCUUAACCACGUGACUGAGCUCAAAUUCUUUGUUAUAUCUCAGUACGGUGGCAAUCAUCUCAGAUUGGAGCAUCACUAUCGAGUAGGUAUAGAUGAUUUAGCAGCCGCAUAUAGAAAGGAAAUUCACCAAAAGUUGAAAAGCUUCAAUGUGGCACAAGGAGCAGAGCCGUUUGUCACAAAAUACCAACUAACCCUUACUGAAAUGGGAAGUGGGAAGGAAAUGAAGGAGAAGUGGUUAAUUCAGCAAGGGGUGGGGGACAUACACAACAAACAGCAAGAAUGGAAAUAUAUUGCCCGGGUGAAGCCAAGACAUGGAAUUGCAGUCCCCUUGGAGCCUGCAACCGAUCCUUACACGUUUCGUGGGAGAGUGUUUUGUUUCCUACCACUUCCACUCGAUUGCAACCUACCUGUCCACAUACAUGGCCACUUCAUACUCCACUCCAAUCGACGAGGACUGUGGACUGCCAGUGAGGGAGGUGACACGGACAGCAAACAUCAAUGGAACACAGCUCUUCUAAAAGCCAUUGCUAGCUCAUAUGCACAACUUUUGCUUACAAUAAAGGCCGACUACAAGAUUGAGGGUGGAGUGGUUAAUUCAAAGGAUGUCAGAAAAUACUACCUGACUUUCCCAAGUUGGACAGCACCACGAGUGAAAUCCAAAUCUGAUGCAGAAAGUCCUGAAGUUGGAGCUACUCAACGAGCUGCAGGAAUUUCCGUUGUACAGCGUCAAGCAAGCACUGGGCCACAGGAGCAUGCUACACCUCAAGGUUGUACUUCAUUAAAGACAGCUUCAUUUGCUAAGUCUGAACAGAUCACCAAUACCAACUCCUACUAA